AUGGCCAGUCAGGCAAGCACUCCAUCCUCUAUCAGCAGUCAGUACUUGCCGAUCAAGGACAUCCAAAGCUCUGAACAUACGCACUCCUUUGCCUCCUUGUAUUAUCGGCAACACACCUUGGUGCCUAACAACAUAAAUGUCGAAGAGAAUCAACUUUCCGACGAACGCUGGAGCAGACACGCCUUUAGCAUGGGUGUUCCCUUCAACGACAUUCACCGACCCCAUCCAGACGCCCGGAAAUUCGCCCAGAAGAUGCAAAGGAAGCCUAGGUUAAGCGAUAGGCGAUUGACAGAGUUGUUGCUCCCGCUCAUUCAGACAGCAAUGAAGUCGUCACGGGGAUUACACGUCGAGACUGAUGCGACAUUCCACCCGGACGCUAUGCCCAAGGGAAGUCCAGCUGGAUCCAUCUCACCCAGUCAAACACAUCACUGGAGCAUGCCACUCCCUACCCCAAAGCCUAAUAUCACCGUUGGUUUCAGCCCCAAGAGCUUCACCAUGCGCGAGCUCGAAUUGCAGGACGGUAUCAUCUCGGACUCCCACGGCGAGCCUUGUAAUCUAGCCAAAAUCUCUCGACCCAUCCGUGGGAGGGAUACAUUGUUCUGGCCGUUUUUCAACGUCGAAAUACAACGAGAAUCCUUGACGGCCGCUCAGAACGCAGCAGCAGGUUCUGGGUCAACCUGCAACCACGCACUCGCACUUCUCGCAGAAGCCGCAGAUGAGCCUCUGCUUCAAAGCCGGGGAAGAAACUUGUUUUGGCAAUCAAGACGGGCUGUCUGUUCAUUUUCUCUCUCGAUACACAACAGUUCAGGGGAAGGCGGCAAGAUGGCAACACUGAACCUCCACAGCUCCGAGGGAGGACUUUGCCAUACAGCGAGUCCGAUCCGAAAUUACGAUCUUUGCAAUGAGCGAGAUGUGGAAUGCCUGCUAUCACGGCUAGUCAGCCUGUUUGUGUGGGCGGAGAACUGUCAUCUCCAGCAGAUCUUCACUCUCCUCGAAGCCCUCGAUGCACUCGUCCGGCUAGAACCAGGAAGAGAGUAUCUGUCGGACAGCUUCCCACACGAGUCAAUGGAUACCGUUACCAGCACUCCAGGCCACGUGAGCCCUGCAAAGAGCAAGUUCGAGAUGGUCAAAAGUGUACUUGCAGAGAUCAGUCCGAAAUGGAUACGGGCGUAA